AUGACUCUCAAACCCAGCUCGCAGCAUGGGCCGCUCGUGGACAAAGUCUUUGCCAUCACGGGCGGAGCGAGCGGCAUCGGCCUAGCGACGGCAAAGAUCCUCUCGGAUAGGGGGGCAACCGUCUGCAUCGCCGACGUGGACCGCGAUGGCUUGCGGGCGGCUGAAGCCCACUUUGGCUCGCUCGGUGCCCCCUUUACGGCCACCGAGGUCGAUGUCUCGAAGCGCAGCCAGGUCGACGCCUGGAUCGACUCGAUUAUCGCGACGUAUAGUCGCCUGGACGGUGCGGCCAACAUUGCCGGCAUCAUCGGGACGGCACACGGCGUUGCGGCCGUCUCGGAGCUCGACGACGGCGAGUGGGACCGCAUCAUCGGCGUCAAUCUCACGGGCACAAUGUAUUGCCUGAGGGCAGAGCUGCGCAACAUUGUCGACGGCGGCUCCAUUGUCAACGUCUCGUCGGUCCACGGCCUCAAGGGUUUCGCGAGACACGCCGCCUACGACGCGAGCAAGCACGCCGUCAUCGGGCUCACCAAGGCGGCCGCGCUGGAGAACGGCGAGCGCGAGGUGCGCGUCAACAGCGUCGCCCCGGGCGCCAUCUACACGCCGCUGAUGCUCAAGCACUGGCACCUGAGCGGGCGGCCCGACGACGCGCCCUUUGACGAGCCGACGGCGUUUAGGCGGCAGGGCACGGCCGAGGAGACGGCGAGCGUCAUUGCGUUUCUGCUGGGCCCCGAGAGCACCUUUGUCAGCGGCAGUGUUUAUUCGGUGGAUGGGGGUUGGAUGUGA